AUGCGCCUCCCAUCAAUAGCAUUAGCAUCACUCCUUCUCACAACAGGAACAUGCAUAAAACCACCCGGCAAAGACGCAAUCCUCCUCUCAAACGUACAAUCUCUCACCCUGCGCGCCCACCGCAUGACCAGCUCGCGGCGCGUCUCUCCCAUCCCACAACUCAGCUGCGCCGGCCCCUCGCAGAAAAUAUGCAACCUCUACCAGCCCGAAGUAAUGCGGUGUACAAACCAAGGCUAUGACUACGAUUCAGAAGACGUCCAGUGGACAUGUACCGCCGAUCUACCACCUGAGUUCAAGCUCGGCGCAACGGACGUCAUCUGCGAAGGGUACCGCGAUGCGGACGACAAAUAUGUGCUGAAGGGGAGUUGCGGGGUCGAGUAUCGGAUGCUUCUUACUGAGAAGGGUGAGGAGAGGUUUGGCCGCAGUCAUGGGGACGGGUUUGAUUGGGGGAAGAAGGGCAUGAGCGGGUAUCAAAAGAUAUUGUCUUGGGCUGGGGACUUGAUAUUCUUCGGGUUCAUUGCUGCCGUGGCUAUUUUGAUAUUCUGGCCUUUGCUGGCGGACUGUUUGGGGCUGCGGAGGAAUCGCAGAGCUCCGCGUACUGGGCGGGGAUGGGGAUGGGGUGGGGGAGGAGGGGGUGGUGGUGGUGGCUAUCCAGGACCUCCGCCUCCUUAUAGCCCCUUUGAUACCCAUAAAUCCGAUACUCGUAACCAGAGCUGGACGCCCGGCUUUUGGUCUGGGGCUCUAGGCGGUGCUGCUGCUGGUUAUGGGAUGGGGCGACGAGCUGGUACCGGGAGACCUGCGGCACAAACAAGCAGAUCCGGUGGUUAUGACCCAGGUGAAGGCAGCUCGCGCUCGCCGCAGUUUUCGUCUACAACUGCCAGCACUGGGUUUGGGUCAACCAGGCGCAGGUGA